AAUUGUGUUCCGAAGACGAACAAAGCUUUUAUGGGUUUGGAACGACAUGGGGGUAAAUGAUUAAUGACAAAAUUUUCAUUUUGCAGUGGAGUAAUCGUUUAACAGGAUCUUCCACACCUCAAUCUUCAGUCAGCUUAGAUACAGAUACACACUCUAACUUCAAAAAGCAGUGAAGAGAGUGACUGGUUUAGUCCAAAACACUUUUAAAAUGGUAACUUCUAGCAUAUUCCUAAAUCUGGACCAAAUUAAUACUGAAGAACAAAUUCAAGCACCAAAAGCAGCCCACACACUCCAAGUUCUCUUUAAUUGAAAAAUAUUAAUUUUAAUGAAUUCAUAGGCUACAUGGUUGCAAUAACAUUUUAGUUAAAAAUUUGACAUGUCAUUGUUUAAAAAAAUAAAAUGCUUUAUUGAUUGAAGUUUCAUAGACAUUCAGUUGUUAUACUUGAAAAAUAUUUUACCAUAUAUUGCGUGUAAUUUUACAGUAUAUUCACCUCUUAAAUUACUACACUUGUGCAGUCACAAUUCUAUAGUGGUAAAAUUUACUCAGGCCGAUGCUUUGUGUAUAACAUGCCUGACAUUUUUUGUAUGACAUUAAACUUUAUUUUUUAAAAUAUUUGGACAUAGGUUAAGCAAAACAAAUGUGAUUAUUUCUGAGAACCUUUAUACACCUUUUAUACACAUAUAUAACUGUAGACACAGAAAUGACAUAAGUACCGAAUAUUCUUCAGUUUUAUGCAAAACAGAUAGAAUAUAUGAUCUCUGUCAUAUGGGCAAAAUAUAAAAUAAUUAAUUAAAUAAUAAAUAAAAUAAUAAUUAAUAAAAAAUAAUAUAAAAAAGAGGCUUUUUUGCAUAGUUGUGUUUGACACAUGAAAACUGUAACAAUGUAUCUUACAAGGUAACAUAAUGUAACCUUGCUCUCACUUGAAAUGUGUCCACAAAUGUGUCGUUGAAUAUGAGGGUAUUGGACCUGGAAAGUCCUUGAAAGGUCCUUGAAUUUGAAGUUAACCAAAGUGUGGGAACCCUGCUGGAUUCAGAAAGGAUGAUGAUGAUGAGGCGUUACAACGAUCACAGGCCAGAGAUCUGAUAAAACAAAUUCUACAGACAAGACCAGGUGGAGGAAAUUUGCCUAAGGAGUAUGAAGAUACAGGGACAAUUAGUAAUGACAUGAGGAAAGUGAUGGUGAACAUGUUAGUUGCAGACAUGAUGGAGACAGAAGGAAGGGUCCCACAUCGACUAACCAAACAGAAGUAUGGUUUGGGAAUCAUCCCCUUGUUUCCCUCACUCAGAGAUCCCCAAGGGAGGACUGGAUAUGAACAUUUCUAUGAUGACCAAAAAUGCAUUGGAUUCUUGUCAUGGUGCCUCAAGACAGUACAAAGGGGGACAAGACCUUCUGGAAAUAAGGAUGAUCUAAAAACAGAAGAAAAGGGAGGUCCUUUGCUUGACAGACAGCUAUGUUACCAAGAACAUCAGCUAGAUAAUGAUCAAAGUGUAGAGGCCAUCUCUUUGAUGAAUCAUACAAGCGAACGUGAGGUCAUCAUGCAGAAGAUGAAGGCAACGUUUGAAUACAGACAGCGCCUUGUCCAUGAUCCAGAGGGAUACACCACCAUUCCCUCAGUUUUUCCUUGUUUCCUGGACACUAAAGGAUUGAUUCUUCAGGACUUUACACUCCUCUUUGGGCCAGAAACUGCUUCCAGACUUUUGGAAAUGUGGCCAACUGUUUUCAAAGCAAAGGUUCUCAGACUAGGAGAAACCUUGACUUCCACUCCACCGCUGAAAGAUUACUGUCAUCUGCCAAACAGAGCCAAGAAAGCAGCGAGGCACAGGAUUCCCCAGAAUGGGACAGGGAUAUAUCAUCCUUCCUUCUACAUUUGCAUCUCCUAUCAGCCCAGGCUUCAGGAAGAAAGAAAAUCCAAAGGAUCGGUAUUUCACAGGCUAUUGACCAUCUGGUAGUGUUUCACCAAGUAGGUAACUGGUACACUGGUGCCAAAAUACAAGGGCUAUAAGCGUAAACUUGGAAUUGAUUCAGUAAUUUCUUCGGCUUAUUUUACACUAUUGGAUAAAAUGUAAAAUGGAGGUUAAUAUAAUAAAUUAAUAAAAUUGAAAAGCUCAUCCCUGUCAAGAAUACUCUUCACUGGAAGCCACUGGUGAAUUCUUCAAGGUUCAUUUUGUUUCCAGUUAUGUCUCAGUUAUGAUCCUCCAGUCAAAAGACUACAGUGUACAGAAGUGAUGUUGGCACCACAAGUGAGAGCUCAAGAGUAAAGGACCUUAGAGCUUUUUGAAUAAUGUUUAGAUGCUACAUCUUUAAAUCACUGUUUGCUACAAUAGCUAAAUUAAUUUGCCACCUAAAACUUGUACAUGGUUUAUAUCCUGGUAAAAAAUCUGGAUUGUGAUCUGAUUGUGAAUUGUUCCUUGCCAUUUAAAAGUUAUGAAGGAUUUAGAAAACAUUUAACUAGAUUUCAUUUUAGGGGUGUAGCAUCAAGCAGUGGAAAUGUAUCAAGCUCCAGAUCUCAGUGAAGCAGUGUCACUUGUUGUGUCUGACACAGAGCAAAGAUCAGAUAAUAAUGCGAGUUUGCAUGAUGUUCUUCUGUUUCAAGGGAUAGUUCGAGGGAAAGGUGUGCAUCAAUAAUAGCCAAAUUACAGGGUAACGAUGUUGCAAACAGUGUAAUUACAUCAGUUGUUGAAAGCAUGGAGGAUUUUGUUAAUGAUUUCCAUAUAAGUUUAAGGGAAAACAUUUAAAAUGUUGUGCCUGUUGACAGCACAAGUAGAAGUUCAGUUGAAGAAGUUUUUAAUAGUUUAAUAAUCCAUUCUCUGAUUUUAAUAAGAAUGGAUAACAAAAUGGAGAAAAUAUUUCAGUGAGAAAUGGGGGGUUGUUGAACCUAUUGAAAUACACGUAGGUGUCAGAUACGAUUCAAGAAGAAAUAAAAUCUCUGGAAUGUAUGAACAGACAACAGUUAAUGACACUUUGAUGUAUAUCCUUCUUCUGAAGACUCUUGAGUUCAUUCUUAGGAAUGAUAAAGUGUGUAAUCGUAUCCAAGAGGAUCGGCAAAAUGACAUGUAUCGAGAUUUUUGUGAUGGACAGUAUUACAAAAAACAUCCUUUGUACUCUAUCCACAGCAAUGCACUUCAGAUCCAAAUUUACUAUGAUGAUUUUGAAACAGCAAACCCAUUAGGGUCUAAAGCAGGGAUUCAUAAACUUGGCUGUUUAUAUUUUGUACUUCAUAACCUGCCAGCACACAAGAACUCUUCCUUAAUGAACAUACAUCUUAUUUCUUUGUUCCAUUCUGAAGAUGGAAAAAAGUAUGGCAUGGACAAAAUACUUGCCCCAUUGGUUGAUGAUGUGAAAGUACUUGAGAAGGGAAUGACAUUGUCAUUUUCUGAGGAGCCCAUCUUUGGUACUAUUGCACAAAUUACGGGUGAUAACCUAGGUCUAAAUAGUAUUCUUGGUUAUGUUGAAUCUUUUUUUUAUUGGAGCCCAAUAAAAAAUCCUGUUAUGGUGUUAAAAGAAAUUCUAUACUCAAUACCUUGACUUAAUUUAAUGUAUCUGAGAACUUUGUGCUGGAUAUUAUGCAUGAUAUCCUGGAGGGAGUUGCACAGUGAAUGAAACUGCUUUUUGAAUAUAUGAGUUGCAAUCUAAUUUCUGGUGAUUCCAUUCCUCAAAGAUUGUAUGGCUUCAACUAUGGCUUUUUAGAAAGAAAUAACCGGCCAACCAAGGUCAACCUUCAACAAGCACGAAACAACAUUGGUCUCAAUGCAAGUCAGACAUUGUGUCUCAUUAAGAACAUCCCUCUCAUAUCUGGAGAUGUAGUCCCAGAGGGAGAUAAGCACUGGCAUUUGAUGUUGCUGCUCUUACAUAGUGUUAAUAUUAUCUUUUCUCCUAAUAAUAUAAUAUUUUUGAAGCAUCUGAUAAAAGUGCAUCAUCAGUUGUUCAAGGAUUUGUAUCCUAGGAAUCUAAUUCCAAAACACCACCUUAUGAUCACUACCCUGAAUGCAUCAGACAAAUUGGCCCAUUGAUUCAUGUAUGGACAAUGAAAUAUGAGGCAAAACACAGUGUUUUUUUUUUUUUAAGAAAAAUCUAAAAAAAUUCAACAACCUGACCAAAUCACUUGCAAAAAACACCAGCUAGCCAUUGCUUAUCACUGGGAGUCCUGUACUAUCAAGGGUAGUCUGGCCCUGUUUCAAAUGAGCUGUUGUCUGACAUAGAAAACUGUGAAAAGCUCCAGGGCCCGGUUCCCCGAUAACGCUCACUCUUAGUGUGCUAAGAAGACUCGAAAUUUAUAUCUUACCAAAGUUGUUUAUGUUCCUAAGUGUGUUCCCCGAAGUGUCCCUUAGGAACCUUC